CAAGAAAGGUACCUGAGGACGAAGCCGACAGUGAUGAACAGCUCGACGAGGAACAAGUUGAUGAAAUACUAGAUGAGAUCGUGUACGAAGAAGAGAACGUGAAAGAAAAGGAAGGAUACUACACGGGAGAGUCACGUAGUGACUCAGAGUCCAAUGAUGAUACACGAUCCGAGCCACGUAGUGACUCAGAGCCUGAUGAUGAGACGAGAUCUGAGGAAUCAAGCCCUGCAGUAUACUUCGCCCAGAUAGACGACUCAGUACCUCUAAUGGGAAGAGACGCGGAAGCAGAAACUGAUGAUGAAAAAAAUAGCGGAGAAGAGAAAGCGCCAGGCGAGAUAGUAGAAAAAAUAGAAAGUGAGGGUGAGCGUACGGAGGAAGUGGUAUCGAUCGAAGAACUUCCGACGCCGAUGGAGACGACGCAAGAACAAAGAGUAGAAGAAAAGAUCGAAACGCUAAAAACGGAUGACGAAUUAGACGGCGAACAAGUGGAACAAGUGAAAGAAAUGCUGAGACAAGGACAGGACACACAAAGAAGGGGAUAA